AUGGAGGCGAUACGGUGGCUUUUUGGCAUCAAGAACCAUCCAAUCGUCGAUGGGGACGAAAUCUAUCCCGUCCACGGCAUCGACAGCGCUGACGUCCUCAGGCCACUCAUUCUUGGUUGGACAAUGCGAUUCAACGAUGUGUUGGACGCGGAUAAGCUACAUGAAGCGCUGUGCAAGCUCCUUAACAUAGGAGAUUGGAAGAAACUGGGCGGCAGGAUGAGAGUGGGAAAGAGCGGGAGGUUGGAGUUCCAUGUCCCCGUGCCGUUCACCGCGGCGCGUCCUCCAGUAACCUACUCUCACCAGACAUUCAACAUCAAGAUCGCGGAGCACGAGCUGGCUGGAAAGUUGCCGAUAGCUGGAGCCAAGGCUCAAGUGUUUGCGGGUCCUCACGAUUUCCUGGGCUUAACGACCGGUCCUGACGCCCCCCAGACAUUGGAAGACUAUCUCAGCCGCGAUGUUCCACUGUUGUCGCUGCACAUCUCCUCAUUCGAUGAUGCAACUGUCAUAGGGCUUGCUUGGCCGCACGCCGUGACGGAUGCCAUGAGUCGACAUGCCAUUAUGAGUUCCUGGUCUCUUAUCCUGGCCGGCAAAGAGGCCGAGGUUCCUCCUUUCCUUGGUGCCCGGGAGGAUGUCUUAUACAAGGCUGCAGACCCAAGCUUUGGAAAACAAAAGCCUUUUGUGUUGGAGCCGACUCGUUUAUUUGGUUUGAAGAUGCUCAUGUUUGGGCUGAGGUUCUUGAAGGAUAUGUUACUCAACCCUGCUACGGACUCCCGAACCGCGUAUAUCCCUAAGCGCGUCAUAGAUAAUCUUCGGGCCCAGAUGAAGCGAGAGAUUGCAGAGAAAAAUAGUGCAGAGACAGGAGACGCUUGGAUUAGUGAAGGAGACAUCCUGACAGCCUGGUUUGCUCAAAAGGCCGCUCUUAGCAAUCCAGGUGCUAGACCGAUGAUCAUAGGCGGCCUUUUUGAUCUGCGCUCGCGGCUUCCAGAAACAGUGUCCCGCGACGGCAUGUACGUCCAGAAUAUGGUGCUGCUAACAUUCACGACCGUCAGCGCUGAAUUGUACAAGGGGCCAGUAAGUGGUAUUGCCCUAGAGCACCGCCGGUGUUUGAAAGAGCAAUUUCCACCUGAGCAGGUGCUGAGCCAUCUUAGAGAGCUUCGCAGGAAUUGGGAUCGGGGCAGCUACCGCAACCCGGUGUAUGGUCCUUCGGAUGGAUGGUUGUUUACCUUGUCGAACUGGACCAAGGCAGACUUUGUGCACGCAAUCCAAUUCGGGCCCGCUGUUGUUAAACAGGGCGAGAGCGAUGACACACGGAAGAACCCACUGGGCACAAUGGUGUAUCACCACUCCACGUUGUUGAGAAAGAGUCGCUUGUCUCGCAAUUCAAUGGGAAUUCCUGGGAAGGACCAUGAGGGAAAUUACUGGAUAACCGGCUACCUAAGCCCUGAGGCAUGGGAACUAGUUGAACAAGGCCUUGCUGAUAUAGAAUCCAACUAA